AUGGCCUACGAAUCCCUGAAGGAUAAAAAGAUUCAGUUUUAUGAUGACAUUUUGGGAUUUGAUGGAAGUAGUAAAUUAGGUAAAGACUACAAUUAUACAAUGUUGAGACCAGCAGUUGUGACAGCCACUUCGCGUGCCGUCUCCAGGACAACCUGUGUAUCUGAGUAUAACUCACCCUCCUCGUCAAGAAGUCCCGGUAAAGACAGCAUGGCACGGCGACUACGAAGACGUAGAUCAAGGAAUAUUGUGUCGGCUGAUCUGGAUAUAUCAUUACAAACUCACUGGAAUGAGAUAGAUAUGUCAAGAUUUCCAGUGGAAAAUAUUCGAAAUUUCAGUAUAAUUGCUCAUAUUGACCAUGGUAAGAGUACACUAGCGGACAGACUACUGGAAAUAACAGGAACCAUAUCAAGUAAAACAGACAACAAACAAGUACUUGACAAGUUACAAGUUGAACGGGAGCGUGGUAUCACAGUGAAAGCGCAGACUGCAUCUAUAUUGUACAACUAUAAUGACAAGACGUAUUUAUUGAAUCUGAUAGAUACACCAGGUCAUGUUGAUUUCAGUUAUGAAGUAUCAAGGUCUUUAUCAGCAUGCCAGGGCGUUAUACUGUUGGUAGAUGCCAAUCAAGGUGUACAGGCGCAGACUGUAGCAAAUUUCUAUUUAGCAUUUGAAGCUGGUUUGACUAUUAUUCCUGUAAUGAAUAAAAUUGAUCUCAAAGUAGCAGACCCUGCAAGGGUUGCUGUACAAAUGGAAAACUUGUUUGAUACCAAAGAAGGCGAGAUCAUCAAGGUAUCCGCCAAACUUGGUACAGGUGCCGAUGAAGUAUUGAAAAAAGUUGUGGACUCCCUGCCAGCACCUGUUGGUUCCAGAGACAAUCCCCUUAAAGCUCUCCUGUUUGAUUCAUGGUAUGAUAGGUACAGGGGAGCGAUAUUGAACAUUGCAAUGGUGGAUGGUAGUGUGAGUGUUGGUGAUAAAAUCACCUCGGCGCACACCAACAAAUCCUAUGAUGUGAAAGAAGUCGGAAUAAUGCAUCCUGAACAAACGCCAACUUCCACACUAUACGCGGGGCAGGUCGGUUAUGUGAUUGCAGGUAUGCAUAAUAUCAAAGAGGCCCAGAUAGGCGACACAUUAUAUAGUGCAAAACAUGCAGUCACUCCACUGUCUGGUUUCAAACCAGCAAAACCAAUGGUCUUUGCUGGAAUGUACCCUAUUGAUAAAUCUGAUUAUGUGUCACUGCGCAGUGCAGUGGAUAAACUGACCCUGAAUGAUUCCAGUGUGUCUGUCAGUAUUGAUAGCAGUCCUGCGCUAGGUCAAGGCUGGCGACUGGGAUUCCUAGGUUUGCUUCACAUGGAUGUAUUCAACCAGCGAUUGGAACAGGAAUACAAUGCUGAGGUCAUCGUCACGUCUCCCAGUGUACCAUAUAAAGCCAAACUGUUGAACACCAAAGCAAACAGGCAUGAUUAUGGACAAGUGGAUGUUAUUACUAUUACUAAUCCCACACUGUUUCCAGACAGGCAGAAAGUUAGUGAAUACUAUGAACCAAUCGUGCAUGGUACGAUUAUCACUCCUGAUGAUUACCUUGGAAAAGUGAUCAGUCUUUGUCUGAGUAAACGGGGUGAACAGAUGGAGUUCAAUUACAUUGAUGACAAGAGAGUUUUGCUGAAAUACAAAUUACCAUUAAAUGAGAUAGUUGUAGAUUUCUAUGAUAUGUUGAAGUCUGCAACCUCAGGAUAUGCAAGCUUUGAUUAUGAAGAUGCAGGAUUUGAACCGGCUAAUUUAGUGAAAAUGGAUAUAUUACUGAAUGGUAAAGUUGUUGAUGAGCUUGCCACAAUUGUACAUAGAGAGAAAUCACAUGACAUUGGUAAAGCGGUUUGUGAGCGGUUACAAGAAACCAUACCAAGACAACUGUACCAGAUAGCAAUACAAGCUGCAAUUGGUAGUCGGAUCGUAGCGAGAGAAAACAUCAAAGCAAUGAGAAAGAAUGUACUCGCCAAAUGUUAUGGUGGAGAUAUCACAAGAAAAAUGAAACUGUUGAAGAAACAAGCCGAGGGUAAAAAGAAAAUGAGAAAAAUUGGAAGCAUAGAAGUGCCAAAAGAGGCAUUCAUUGCUGUGCUGAAGAGGUGA